AUGGCAGCACGAUUGAACAUUAACCGAUUUCAUUGGUUCUGCUUUCUUUUGUGGCAAUGCGCGCUGUUCUAUUGCUGUCAGCAAAUAUUCCCGAAGCAAAGUUUUGCCAUUAAACGUGCACAUCCGUUGGUGCACGAGGUCUCCGGGCCUACAAUGCCCUGUUGUGAAGUUCAGCGAACAAUGUCGAUUCACGCUUGUGUUUCUGUGAUGGCAGAAAAACAGUCUUGGUUUUCAAGUUGA